AUGAGUGCCGCAGUCGCAGGUACGGUCAUCGGACUGUCUUUGUUGGCCGCUGGAACCAUUUUCACUAUUUCAAAAAUCUUCGAAGGAUCUUCUUCCAACGAAGUAGACAUUGGGGGACAAAUUGUAAUUGAUCCAAAUGGUCCAGAAGUGCAAUUUGUUUUAUUCACUAGGAACAACACUCCAUAUCUACUAAGUCCAGAAAACAAUGCAACAUUCAACAAUUCCGGUUUCGAUUUGGACAACCCGACCAAAAUCGUUACUCACGGUUUCAUGAGCGGCAUCAAAAAUGACGUUUUCACCUCAAUCAGAGACUCUUAUCUAGAUUCUGGAUAUUACAACGUUAUCGGCAUGGAUUGGUCGGCACUGUGCCAGACCGAGUACGUAUCGGCGAUGCGGGGCGCCAAAAUUGCCGGUCAACAUUUGGGAGACUUCAUUAAUUGGUUGUCGUUGAAUCAAGUUCAGCUGGAAAUGAUUCACUUGAUUGGACACAGUUUGGGUGCUCACGUCGCCGGUAUUGGAGGCGAUUUGGUUCGUGGAGGACGAGUUGGGAGAAUAACUGGUUUGGAUCCAGCAGGUCCAGGUUACGGCGACGUUCGCGAAGAUCAUCUAAAACUGGACCGACAGGAUGCGAAACUGGUGGAAGUGGUUCACACUUUUAUGAAAGUUAUCGGUACGGCUAGGCCUUCUGGGCACGUGGAUUUUUAUCCGAAUGGUGGCCAGUUUCAACCUGGAUGUCCGGAAUUGACAAGUUUGAAGGUUGCAGGCAGUAUUUUUUGUAAUCAUGGAAGAUCGUUCGAGCUCUAUGCGGAAUCCAUUAGGAAUCCUUGGGCUUUUAAGAGUUACAAAUGUAAAUCGCUUGGUGAGGCUUUGCAGGGUGAAUGUUUGCAGGAAACUGUUGUUUAUAUGGGACAAGAGGAAACGUAUGAGAAUGGGUUGUAUUAUUUUAAAACCAGGAGUGAAAAACCGUUUUCGUUAGAUGGAGUGGAACCCAAAUUGAAUACUCACAAUUGACUUGGUUUUUAUUGAAAAGAUACAUUAUAUCGUCUUAAAUAUUAAAAAGAUUUAUCUAUAUAUUGAAGAUUGAAAAUAAAAAUAUCCCUUAAACAUCUAAGAUCAUAUUAUUGAUAUGAAAAUGCACCGUUUAUGUGUAUAUAAUAAUAGGAAUUUGAAUGUAAAUUAAAAAAGUCAGCUUUCUGUACAGUUGGCACUAAUUGGUAAAAUAUUUUUUUGGAUUAAAAUAUCAAGAAGAAAAAGUUACACUCGAUUACAAUAAUAAUUGUUUUAAUAUAAUAUUGUAUAUUGCUUCUUAAAACUAUGUUUGAAACUUUGUAAAUUUGUUAAAACAAAAUAGAUUCUUGUAUAGUUGUUUUUAAUCUAAAUAAAUCUAGCCAUCGAUUUCUAGAUUCUACAAACUUAUCCACUUAAAUAUACAUAUUUUUGGAAGAUAUUUAUUGAAAGUUAUAUAAUGUUUUGUCAGUUAAUUUUAGUAAACACUUUGCCCUUGGUGUUUUCAACAUCAGAUUUAAGCCACUAAAAAAUUCAAAACCAACGAAGCACAUACAAAAAUCUUUUGGACAUCGCAUACUAAAUCCAGCUUACAAAACUAUAUGUACAAUAUUAUCUAAAGAGUGCUUAAAUAUAAAUAGGUAUAUUGAUGUUUCCUUUAAUUAUAUUGUAAAGAAAAACUGAAUGAUUGUUGGUAUACAAAAAAUGAAUGGCACACUUUUUCUUAGGAAAUACUACAAGAAUUCCUUUUGCCGUGUUUAUCUCUGAUUUGCUGUAGAUGUUGCAAUUGGACGGCGGAAGGUAUCAUUGGUGCUGCUGCAACGUGAGACGGAGUUGCAGGUCCAGAUGGUCCUGUGGGUAGAGACUGACGUCGACGUCUACGGAGAGCAG